CCCUCUUGUGCCGCAGCAGCUCAUCUCGCCAGGAGCCUGGCAGUGCACGAUCAUUCGAUCAUUCAUGCAGAUAAGACGCGGACCUGAUCGCGGAAACUUUGCAAGCAAUGACAGCGCCAUGAGCAAAGGUCCAUCCCGGACUCCCCUCUACCAAACAGAAUCUGCGUUCUGCAAUUUACCACGUCAUUUGAAAUCUGCCUCGGAUCACCUUUCGACGACAACUGAUCUGAUCAUGGUAGCCCUAAAUCAAGAUGUUCAGUUGCCUAUAAAGCUCGUUAAGAUGAACUGAAUGCGAUAUGUCAGGGGACUUGAGCCUGGAGUACUCCCUUCGAGUAGCGUGUGUCAGGUCCCGUGUCUUUGCGACGUAGCUGACAAGAACAGUUACCUAACUGACUAUAGACACGCUAGUCACAAGCAGCGUCCUAUCUCCGAUGCUUCCACGGGUCCCAACUAUGCACUCAAACCGAGUCAGGCGAGCGUGUCCAGAGCGCCAGACUUAUCGUCUUUGCUGUCUCGGGAUUCCGCAAGAAUGCCGCGCUAUCCUGAGAAGCUCAUCAAAGCAUUAGAUGGCGAAUUGCCCCGUAUAGCUAUGGGACAACACAAAAAAUAUGUCGAGCAGCGUUUUCGACGGAUCGUGGCAGCUUUCUGGAGUUCAGCCUGGCCGGAGAGGGGCUUUCAGAAGCAGAUGAAGGAGUCACGAAAGGUCGAGGAUCUUGUCAUACAAUUUGUUUCGGUGGCUUCAAGGACACUCAGGAAAGACGACGGCCUUGGCGAAGGCUUGUUGAUGGCAGAGCUCAAUCGCCAGAUAACGACAUUUAUGGAACUUCUGGUAGAUCUGCUUCGAGACAUGGGACCUAGCACGGCGGAUUUGGUCAGUCGCAUUGAGGGCUAUAAGCGACAUCUGCGCGAUAGCGCCUCCCCCCACACAUCAUACUCAAGUGCAGAAGGAGCUCACCCAUCGGACGACAUAACAAGCUCCUUAUCAGGACCAGGCGUAUCGGAUCUGUCAGCGGGCGACUCGCUCCUCCUGGUUGUCGUCAAAACCUUUGCCCUCUCCCCAGAAGACAAGGAGACAUAUCUGAGGUCCAUCAAGUCAAUUUGCUCUGAGGAGGCCGCGCUGAACGACAUGAAGCUCGCUUUGACUAUGCUUGCUGCCAAUGUCUCGCCCGUGUAUACCUCCGAUGACUUCCGCGAAGCGGCCGAUUGGCUCUCGUACAAGACGGCAGAGAGUGAAGCGAUUCAGAAUGAGAUGCUCUACCUCCUCAAAGCGAAUCCAAAUUUGACGCAGUCAAACGAACGCGGAAUCGCAAGCGAUCUAUCAGUGAAGAUGAGCAGUCUAGGCCUGGAUGAUAGGUCGCGGCAUUCGCUCUCUAGCCUCUUCACAUUCAUUCCCCCGCAUCCGCGCAAUCAAUACCAAGCAUUGCUAAACAUCUGCUUGGACCGAGACCUGGACGAGCUUCAGCUCUUGCCCGAGGAUCAAGAAGUUAGUCUGGGCAUCCUGUCCGCAGAGCAUCAACAUCUCCUGUUGGAAUGCUCCCGGACCUGGCGUUUACCAGAGACUUUCAGAGCAUGGUCUUUCCUCGCAGCUCUGGUGCAGCGUUUAGAGCUUGGGAUGAUCCCGGCAGAGUGCGUUCACGAGGCAAUUGGAAUGCUGGCCAAGGUAACCCAACAGACUCCGGUGGAAACUUGGCCAAUACCAGACCAAGAGGGUCUCCGCCUUACCUUGCAGCACCGGGAUCUCUGUCUGGUCGCUCGCGUGGCGAAUGCGCUUGAAGAUCCGAAUGCAACUCUUGGGGAUGACACUUUAUUGAUGGCCGUCAAAGACUGUCAGAACGCGGGGAUUGAGGAUACAGUAAAAUCAGCAGAGAUAAGCCGAAUCCUAGGUGACAUCGGUACUCAUAUCAGAAGAAUCGUGGCCGGAGACUACAAGUCUGAGCUGUGCAGCUCGCUGGAGGGUUCUGGAAGCAUGAGUAUGGAGCUGGCUGUACAUUUAUCGAAGUGGGUCGAGAAGAGAGUGAAACGUCUUCACAAGAAUUUCCAUAAUGGAUUUGUACCAACUGUGGACAUGUUGUCCAUUGCCGUUGAGGAGUAUUACGAUCUCUGGGCCGCCGAUGUGAAGAAAUUGUCAAUCAACACUCAUGAUCACGACGUGAAUCAUUCUUGGCUGGAUCUCUAUUGGAGGACAAGGGCGAUGAUGGACCUGAAAACGAGCUUUGCAGAGUCACCGGUAGAUCUGCAGAUCGCCCUCAUGUUCUUUCCAGCAGUGUCGUCUUGGCUGGACACAGCAUCGUCAAAAACACAAGCAUGGGUCGACGAGGCCCUCGCCGUCGACACUUUCAGUGCCAUAUCUGAGAAUGGUCCAUCGUCCUCGGUGACUGAUCUGUCGGAGUCUCUUCAAAGCGUUUCGGAUUUUGUCCUGAAUCUGGAUUGGUUGGAUCAAGGUCAGCAGGCAUAUUUUGUCCUGAAAAUAUCGAAGAUAUUUGCCCUGUCCGUCCAGAGCUACUGUUCAAAGAUCGAGCGGCUUUUCGUUGGUGACAUGUCAACAGCGGACCCUGCACCGGGCAAUGUCCAGAACGAACGCGCGCACGUUUGGUUAGAGAAGGCCAAAUCAGCACUGGCCAGCAUUCAAGGCGAGAAACGCCUGCAAGUCUUUUAUAAUUUUUCGCCGAAAAGCUGUGUCAAACUCAACAACAUCGAAGCGACUAGGGUUCGGCUCGAUGAUUUAUACCAGAGAUUGGGGGUGGACAGUCUCCCCGAAGUUGUGGCUUCAAAUCCGACAGACCAACCCGGGGUUGGAUCAAAAUACCUCUUCUCCAUCAAGAUCGUCUUAGCUGAAGGACUAGUCCUCGAAGGAUCCUUGAAACCGCCUGAGGCCUUCGUUAUACUUUCGAACGAGACCGGAGCUCGCCUUGCCAAGACAAGGACUGUGUAUGACGAGGCCGAUCCGCGAUGGGAUGAAACUUUCGACGUUUCUUUGCAGUCGCCGACCUGGCUCAUGGCAUCCAUCAAGCACAGACAGCUUGGAAUUGGCCAUGACUUGUUGGGAAGAGCAUACUUCCGGCUAGAUCCCGCCGAGUAUUCCAAUAUGUUGUCUAAUGACCUUCUUCUGUCCUUAGACACUGGUGGCCAUUUGCUUCUGCGUGUAAGCAUGGAGGGCGAGCGCGAUGACACGCCGUACCACUUCGGCAGGGCUUUCAGAAUCUUAGGGCGGACAGAGUCCGACAUGAUUCGUACUUUUGUCGACAAGAUGACGCCUGUUCUGCGACACACCCUGUCCCGCUCGUCCAUAAAAAUGAUACUCAAGCCGUCCAAUGCCGCAGCAAUCGACUACCACGAAACCCUUGGCAAAUUAUCCGCUAUGUACAAAUCAGUGGAUUACAACAAAGCACUCGGUAAUGUGUCUGCUGCGUAUAAAACGGCAGUCGGAGCGAAUGAGUACGCGAUACCGUUGCCUUUGACGGAGCAAGGUGCUUCAGAGUCCAGUGCGAAUACAUCAGCCUUUACUGGAGCGACUGGCCCCCGUACCAGAGCUCUCAAGGAUAGCGAUAUUGAAUUGGCGAUUCAUCCCUUGUUCGACUAUCUGGAGGCCAAUAUGUAUACUCUAGCAUCCAGCUUAUCGGAUGUAUCACUCAAAAAUGUGAUGAUCAAGCUCUGGAAACAAAUUCUUGAUACGAUCGAGAGACUAGUGGUGCCACCUCUUUCGGAUAGACCAUCCUCGAUGCGACCGCUAAGAGCCGUCGAACUCGAAAUUGUCCUGAAAUGGCUUACGUUUCUCCGCAACUUCUUGCAUCUGGACGGAGACGAACGGGGUCUUUCUGAAUCUGUGCUGAAUAACGACAAAUACCACGAGCUUCUUCGCAUAAGCCUUUAUUACGACUGGAGCACCGAUGAUCUCAUGGAGGAAUGCGUCAGAGGACUUCAAACAACAUUAAAAUACAAAUCAUUGAAGCCAAGCAAGACUGUACUGUCACAGAGAAAUUUGGGUAGCAUCCGAGCGCGUAAAUCAGCGAAACAUGCUAGACGGCGGCCUGAGAAUGUAGGCAGCUCGGAGAUGAUAAUGAGGAUUCUUCGGAUGCGGCCCGGCACCCAAGAUUUUUUGAACCAAAUACUUCAGACUGUAUCAGUUGUAAAGUUAGACCAACCUACAGGACCGCGGACGUCCAUUCGUGCAUGAGCAAUCCAUCUGGAUAUCAAACAAGCCUGCGGCCACAAGGCCUCUGCGCAGCAAGGCGGCGGAGAUCUCCGCUCAUCAGCCCCGCGUGUACGCGUUUCAUUGACUUCCUUUCCCUCGCUUUGCUUUGUUC